GCUUCCUUAAAUAUGGAAGAUCUCUCUUUUCUCUUGUUCCAUACAAGAAUAUCAUUCCUCCUCCUCAGAAUAAUACACCAUUCGACCUAGGAAUAUGAGAUUCCUGAGCCUAUUCUCAGUCUCAGCCGCUGCUGCUGCUCUCGUCGCUGCAGAUACCGAGUUCUUUUUCUAUGGAUUUGGCCGUGCCGGUGUUGAUUCGUCGGCUGAUGCAGAGGGCGGUUGGAUCCUAGUUCCUUACAUAUUGGAACGCGGUAGCUUAAUGGCGAACUUCUCUAUUGGCACUCCUCCGCAAGAACUGAGCCUCGUUUUCGAUACUGGUUCUUCAGAGAUUUGGAUGCAUAGUGCAGCGUAUUGCGAGGCUGCUACAGAGUGCAUCGGUGGAGGUUUCAACGCCUCCGAAUCCACGACCGCUGUUGAGAUCGAGGAUAAGCUUUUCAGUCAAAGUUACGCAGACACAACACACGUCCGCGGUCACUAUGUUAUCGACACUUUCGAGCUAGGUGGUGCGUCGUUGUCAAAUCAGACGUUCGCUUUAGCCUCGACAGGAAAUGUCAGCAAGGGUAUCGUUGGCAUAGGCUUCGAGGCUAUAGAAACCACUAAGACUAAAUACCAUGGAAUUUUACACCACUUGGUAAACCAGGGCUACAUUGCUUCUAAGCUUUACUCGCUCUACACCAAUGGUGAAGAUGAAACUGGUAAUACCGUCUUCGGUAGUAUUCUCUUCGGUGGUAUCGACCGGGCAAAAUACGAUGGGGAUUUAGUAUCGUUGCCUAUUCAACCGAAUGCCAAAGGCCAUUACAGAGAUUUACAAGUCAAUCUUGAGUCUAUUUCAGUGGUGGACCCAAAUGGUAAGACAACCGCUUUCAAUGGGAGCAUCAACACCCCAUACGUUCUCGAUUCGGGAACAACUUAUAUGGUGCUUCCGACCCAGAUUGUGGAAAACAUCUAUGACUAUUUUGAUGCCGAGUACAACUCAACGUACGACAUCCAUGUUGUCAACAACUGUCUGGACUAUAUUGCCGAUUUACAGAAACAGGAGUUUGACAAUUAUACUAUCAACUUUGGCUUUGACGGUAUAACCCUCGAGAUGCCGUUGGAAAAUUUUCUCUCGCCUAUUACGGAUGAUUGCGCCACAUGCAAAAUACACGUGCAUUCUUCUGAUAAUUACGCUAUUCUCGGAGAUGCAGUUCUUCGCGGCGCCUACGUGGUCUAUGAUUUUGAAAACUAUGUCAUUUCUUUAGCUCCGUCGAAACUAGAUGUUGAGGAAGAAGAUAUUGUUGCGGUUCGAAGCGGCAAAAAUGGGAUUGCUGAGGCAGUUGCUUCCUAAAUAGGGUCCUUUUCUAUCCUUAUCUUUCGCCCGGUGCUGUCAUUGUGCAUGUAUUUGACUGCUGGGAGAAUUGGGUGGGAGAUAUCUGGGAUUAUGGCCAUGAUUUGAUGAGAUGUUCCAAUUGUUGCAAAAUUUGAAUAAUGUUUUUGAUUGGCAAUUACGAGCUUAAACAUACAGUAGACAGA